AUGUAUAGUGACGAGUUAUCGGAGUUGUCUUCUUAUUCUGGUGAUUCAUUCUCAGAUGAUAUCGAUGGUGACGUGAAUGUGUCUAACGAAAUUAGGCCGAGCAUGCGUCGUGAUUCUGUUAUGCAAAGGACAAUGAUGAGGCAAAAGUCUAUUGAGGAAUCCCAAAGCGCAGCAACCAGUCUUAAAAUAGAAUCUCAGAUGCUGUGGGAUUGCUUCGAUGGUGCCCCCCAUUCCACGAUGCUUUUUGAGAUUUUUGAAAGUGCUUUACCUUGCGACUUUAACCAAGUAAAGGAAAAUGUGGUCGUUCCCAACGAAUUAUUGUGUCUAUCACUUUCAACUGACUCAUCUCGUUUUGUAACGGGUGGAACUGAUACCAUCAUUAAGGUUUAUGAUAUGACGACUAAAUUACGUCUUCUGGACUUAAAAUCGGGAUCACGAACUUACUUAAAGAAGGAGUACACUCAUCACAGUAGCCGCAUUUCAGCUUUGGUCUAUCAUCCAAGAGGUGAAACUGAUCCAGUGUACAGUCACGUUUUUGUUUCUGCAAGUUGGGACCAAACUAUCCAGAUAUGGGAUGAUAGGCAAACAGCAUCUCUUUGGCAUUAUUAUGGCCCACAUGUAGUAGGAUCAGAUGGUUUGGAUAUUGAUUUCGUCCAGAAUGUCAUUCUUACAUCGUCGUGGUCUCGAAGUGGAGUGAUGCUAAAAAUGUGGAAAUUUGCUGACUUUUGUCUCACUGGGAAGUCGCCUGCCGCGAAGCGAAAAUUUCUUCAAAAUUAUAGCAAGCCAGUAAAUGAGGUAUCACUUGAAGGCUCUGACUCUACGACGCAGGGAUACGUUGCUCGUAUUGGAGGAGGGGGACGAUACCUCUUUUACGCGGGUUUCAGCAUGAACGUUAUCAAAGUCAUUGAUCGUGAAACCAUGAACAUUGUGGCGAGUUUGAAUAAUCUGCCGAAUGCCGUCUACAGCUUGGACUCCUGCCUUGAUCCAAACGACAAACGACGAUGCUGGGUGGUCUUCACCAACACAAAUAACGUUUACUUGGCUUCCCUGCAAUCACGACCCCCGCCAGCUGAUAUGAUAUUAAUGUGA